AUGCUGAUCCUCAUCGCCGGGGUAUCAGGUCUUCUAGGCAAAAUCCUCGCGCGCACCGGUCUCGACAAGGGCCACCAGAUCCGCGGCUUCGGACGCUCCCCGUCCAAGAUCCCCGUGGACCUUCUGGAUCAGUUCGAAUCGUUCGUCGAGUGCGAAUACUACGAGGAGCGCACCGCGCUCGACAAGGCCGUCUCGGGAGUCGACGCCGUCAUCUGCUCCUACACCGCGCACGCCGAGGCCAUCUUGGACUCGCAACUCGCACUGUUGCGUGCCGUCGAGCGGGCCGGCGUCAAGAUCUACCACGCCCACUCGUGGAACCCGGACUGGUCCAAGACCAGCCUGGGCGACUGGGAGCACUACGACGCAUACAUUUCCUUCCGCCGGCACGUCGAGCUCACCUCGACCCUCCAACCUGUGUACACCUUCACGGGAAUCAUUGGAGAAUUCGCGGCCAGCAAGGUGGUGGGGAUCGCGCACGUCGAGGAGGAGCACGAGAACGACGGUAAGACCGCCGUAAUGUCGUACUACGGCGACGGCACCGCCAAGUGGGAUUUCACGUACCUGGACGACGCGGCCCGGUUCAGCAUCGACUUGGUCACGACGAACCCGAGCGUCCUGGCCGGCCAAGGUGGAAUGUUCCGCGUCCACUCGGCUGCGGCAAGUGCCCUGGACGUGGCGAGGGCGUACGAGGAGAACACCGGCCAGAAGGUCACCCUCAGAUCCCUGGGGACGGCGGAAGAGUUGCUCCAGAAGUACAGGGAAGCCCGGGCUGCCGCGGCCGCGACCGACACAAGAAAGUACUUCGCCUACGGACCUUACUACGUCCACGCUGCCAACAUAAUGGGCCUCUGGAAGUUGGACAACCCCGUCAAAGUUGGUUCCGUUGACGCGGUGAAUCGUUUGUUUGAUCGCCAAAUCGAGAUACCGGGAGAUUUGCUCGAGUGA